CUGCCACUGACAGGUCUUAAAUUCACCCCUGCAGUGCUCCGGGAGGUUGGCUGAUGCCGCGGUAACUUCACUGCCAGGUCUGGCCAUUGAGAGUCUCUUUGGAGACCGGGGGACGAAAGAGACAUUGAAGAUUUCUGUUGGUUUUAUAUUAAGGAAGGACUCCAAUUUUAGUUGGGUUUUAAAAAAGAUCUGGUAGAAGAGAGGAAAGGCAUCCUCACAGUGGAACCGUGUUCUUUUCCUCUGAAGUUACAGCUGCCGUAAGCCGAUCUCCAUCAGACAUGGCCACCAGCGGCUUUCACUUUGUACCGUGUGACACCAAACGGACCUCCAGACAGUUUGGGGCAUCUGCUGUGGGAAGACCUGAAGGUUCAUCAGGCAAGGUGGAUCUCAAGAGCGGCCUGGAGGAAUGUGCAGCGGCGCUGAACUUAUUUCUAAGUAACAAAUUUAAAGAUGCCUUAGAGUUGCUUCGCCCAUGGGCCAAGGAGAGCAUGUACCACGCGCUGGGCUACAGCACCAUUGUGGUGCUGCAGGCUGUCAUGACCUUUGAGCAGCAGGACAUCCAGAACGGCAUCUCUGCCAUGAAGGACGCUUUACAAACCUGCCAAAAAUACAGGAAGAAAUGCACGGUUGUCGAGUCUUUCUCAAGUCUCCUUUCUCGAGGGUCACUGGAACAACUGAGUGAAGAGGAAAUGCAUGCUGAAAUCUGUUACGCCGAGUGUCUCCUACAGAAAGCAGCACUCACGUUUGUGCAGGAUGAAAAUAUGAUCAACUUCAUCAAAGGUGGACUCAAAAUUAGAACAAGUUACCAAAUAUAUAAAGAGUGCCUUUCCAUCCUGCACGUAAUUCAGAAGAACAAACAUGAGCAGCACUUCUUCUAUGAGUUUGAAGGAGGAGUCAAGCUUGGAACAGGGGCCUUUAAUUUGAUGCUGUCUCUCUUACCAGCAAGAAUCAUCCGAUUACUAGAAUUUAUUGGAUUCUCGGGAAACAGGGACCUGGGCCUUCUUCAGCUACGGGAAGGUGCAUCAGGAAGUAGCAUGCGGUCCCCACUCUGUUGCCUUACAAUUCUGGCUUUCCAUACCUACAUCUCCCUGAUUCUCGGUACAGGAGAAGUGAAUGUUGUGGAAGCAGAGAGUCUCCUCGCACCGUUCCUUCAACAGUUCCCAAAUGGCUCCCUCAUACUGUUCUAUCACGCCCGGAUCGAGCUGCUGAAAGGCAAUGUUGAAAAGGCUCAAGAAACAUUUCGAAAAUGCAUUUCAGUUCAAGAAGAGUGGAAACAGUUUCACCAUCUCUGUUACUGGGAAUUAAUGUGGAUUCAUAUAUACCAACAAAAUUGGAUGCAGGCGUAUUACUAUUCAGACCUACUUUGCAAAGAGAGUAAAUGGUCCAAGGCAACAUAUGUGUUCUUGAAAGCUGCCAUUUUGAGCAUGCUCCCGGAGGAAGAAGCGGCAGUGACUAAGGAGAAUGUAGUGUCUCUGUUCAGACAGGUCGAUGGCUUGAAGCAGAGGAUUGCGGGGAAAUCUCUCCCGACUGAGAAAUUCGCUGUGAGGAAGGCUCGGAGGUACUCCCCGCCCUCAGGUGUCCCUGGAAAGCUGGUCUUGCCCGCUCUGGAAAUGAUGUACGUCUGGAAUGGCUUUUCAAUAGUGGGCAAAAGAAAGGACCUUUCUGAAAACCUCUUGGUGACUGUGGAGAAGGCUGAGGAAGCAUUACAAAAUCAAGACUUCACUGACUACUCUGUGGAUGAUGAGUGCUUGGUGAAACUACUGAAAGGAUGCUGCCUCAAGAACUUACAGCGGCCUCUGCAAGCUGAGCUGUGUUUCAACCACGUUGUGGAAAGUGAAAAGCUAUUGAAGUACGACCACUAUCUGGUGCCGUUCACGCUGUUUGAGUUGGCAUUUUUGUAUAAAAGCCAAGGGGAAAUUGACAAGGCCAUAAAGGUCCUAGAAACUGCGAGAAACAACUACAAGGAUUACUCCCUGGAGUCCAGACUACACUUCAGAAUUCAAGCAGCUCUUCAUCUCUGGAAGAAGCCAUCCACAGACUGAUCCGGAACACACAGGAUGGAGUCUCCCCCAGUUAACAUUGACUCUUGCUAUGGAGAUCAGUCCCUGUGUCAAGGUGGAACCAGAAACAGAAAGCCUGCUGUCAGGCACUUCCUGUCACCCGAGGAGUGUACUGGUGGUCUACAUAUUUUCCCCUAUGGAAUGACAUUUAAUACUACAUAGAAAUUCUUAUACUCUGCCUUUAAAAAGAAUUUCACAUUAGAUUUCAAUUGACGGGUGAAGUCUUUUGAAAGACUGGCAGGUACAAUAAAGCCUAGUUAGAUUAUUUAUUUUUUUAAUGUAAAAAUUAAUAUUGUUCAAAUAGCAAAUGGCUUUAUCAGCUGAGCCAUUUUUAGAUUGGCUUGUCCUUUAAACUUCAGAGAUAUUUUACUGCUGUUUAAAUCUCAGAGAGUAAAUAAGUAUCACAUCUGUAAUGAUAUAACAGUGGGUUUCUGAAGGUUCUGGAGGAGGGAAGCGGAGGGCCUGCGGUGGGGAAGGCAUUCCUAGGCAGAAAGGACUUGUAUCUCAGCAAGGUGUUACAGUUAGAAGUUUCGGGAUUUCCGGUCCUCUCAUUGGUUGAAGGUGGUGGCAUUUUUCAGAAACUAUGCUGUAUUUGAAUGUACUCAUAUCAGAUCUAAUAAUAGCUUCAAUCAUAUAGACACAUUUCUUAUGUAUCUAAGGGAGUAAAAAGUUGUAUUUUAGAACUCCCUAACCUUAGCGCUGAAGCCUGAAAUACAAACUUCCACAACGUUUCCUAUAGGAAGGAAAAAUUCCUGUUGCUUUAAGUGACACAUAAAAUAUCAGUGAUUUUUUUUUUUUUUUACAGUCAUAAUGCUGCUGACCCAAUCAAUGCUGACGGUUCCUUUUAAAUAUCUGGGCUGCAUCUUGGUUCUCUGAGUAGGAGACAGAAUCAAAGUGUGAGCAGAUGCCUUUCUAGAGUCCCCAAACCUGUCAAUCACCAUUUGAGAAUUACAAAGAUCUUCCUCAUUUUGCAAAAUAGAAAAAGAACAGGUGGCUUUAAAGUUCUCUUUGAACUUUACAACUGUGAGUCUGUGUAUUAGACAUUUUCAACAAUGUUUAGCAUUAAUCCAAACUCUUCCCAUUAGAAUGUAGUUUUUUUCCAAACCUUCCAAUCAAUGGCCUACGGUAGGUGUUACAACGGAGGGCCAGAUUCCAUCCAGUGACUAAAACAAGUUAAUGAGUCCAUGAACCUGGGCUUUUGUCUCAUUUCUGUUAUUUCCAAGACCAGUAACUCAUGUAGAUGGUAGAUGGCUUCACCUUUCCUAGACAGAGCCUCAAGUUUGUAGUUCGGAGUCCCUCUCCAUUGGCUAACAGUUAACAACAUAAAGCAAAUAACUUACCCUUCCUGGACUUGGGUUUUCCAGUGGGAGUAUCAAGAUAGUACUCACUGCCCGAGGCCUCAGGAGAUGAUACAUUUGGUAGCUUUCUGUACACUGGGGAAGCUGUACGGGUAAGAGUGAAUUUGAUAACUAUGGCCUUGUGCGUGGAUGACAGUACCUCUAGUGUCCACCGAGUCUUUGGCCUCUGCUCUAGCAUGAGAUGAAUGUGAGCAUUCGAUACCUUUCAGUUUAUUUAUUUAUACAUUUAGCACUGACAGUGUCUCAGAUGGUGGAGUGGCUCCUGCUGUCCUCUAAUGCAGUUCCCCAUGCUCAACAGGCACUGGUGUCAUGUUACCAUUUCUUGUUCAACACUGAGGAAGUAUUUUUUUGAGGAAAGUGAUUAAUACACUUUGAGUCAGAGGAGCAUCCCUUCAGAUAACAUGGAGGCAGAUAUCAUUAUAGCUCUUUCAUAUGAAUUACACAACUAGCUACAGAUAGAAGGGGGAAUAAAUUGUCAUGAGCUGUAGAAAUAUGUUUAAUAAUAUCUUGGAAGAAAAGUUUAUAAAUUCUUUAGAAGAGCUUUGAUAAUGUUAUUUUAAAAACAUAAUGUAUUCAUACUAUUAAAGAAUAUGGUGGGGUUUGGUGGCACACACUGUUAAUUCUAGCAUUUGGGAGGCAGGGGCAGGCAGAUCUUUGAGUUAGAGGCCAGCCUGGUCUACUUAUUCAAAACCCAAACCAACCAAACAAAAAGCAUACCCACAUUUUGUGAGAAACUAUCAAAGCUCAUGGUCUGUAAAUUCCCAUUCUGAUAUAAAAUAAAAAAAAAAGAAGCUAAAAAUUACUAUUUUAGGGAUUGGAGGGUGGCCCAGCAGUUAAGGACACUUUCUGCUUUUCCAGAGGACCAGAGUUUGUUUUCUAGCACCCAUGUCAGGCAGUUGUGAACUUCUUGUGGUUCCAGAAGAUCUGACACUCGUUCUGGCCUCUGUGGCACCUAAAUACCCAAUACAUACCUAAGCAUUCACAUAGAAACACAGAUACACAUAAGCAGACAAUAAAUCUUUUUUUAAAUGACUUUUACAUUAUCAAACAAAUCUACUUGUACUAUUAUAUUUUAUUUUGUGAUUUUCUUUUGUCUUUAUUACUCAAAUUCUCUGUCAGUAGUGUGAACCAUCUACCCAGUGGCUUUAUAAAUACUACAAUAGAAUUAGUACUACAGAACUUUAUCUAUUUUCUGUCAUGUUCAAGAUAUUGUACUGGCACCAAUUUCUUAGGAUGUCUGUAAGAAUCAUCUUUUAAAAUAUGUUGUGGUUUUGUGAAGAGCCAGUGCCUAAGAGACAAUGUUAUUUAGUCAUCUUUUUGAGGCCACAGGUGGUAGGCUGGGUUUCCAGUAUGUCUAAUUGCAGUUUCUGUAGCUACCGGCAAAGGCAGUGUUCUGAUUGGUGUUUUGUAAAUGUAAGAAUUGUGUUUCAGAGCCUUGUGAAGGAAAGCCUAGAGUCUGCUGGAGAGUUAAUGGAAGGACAACUACACCAACUCCUGUGUAUAUUUGACCACUUGCUCUGCCUUGCUAGGCAGAUAGAGGAGAUGUUUCCAAGUUACAGAGCAGAUAGUUCGGUGGCCUUCCACCUGUUCUGAGGAUGGGAGAGGAUAAGUAGGUAGGAGCUAAGGGAGAUAAGUUUCAGAUUCCUGGGGGUGAAGGACGUUGUACAGCCAUUAUCACAACCCAACAGUCCAACCAGCUCCUUGGGAAAGGAGUGAAUUCACCAGUUCUGCGUGGCUGUCUUCCCUCCUUGGUCUGAGUGUCUGUCUGGGUUAAUUGAAUUGGAGGUCAGCUCAUUCUACAGUGCUUUGAUCAGGGUCUAAAAUCUGAGGUGUGGAAAGGUAAAAAGCAAAUAGAAGAGCAUGUUCCUUGCCAGUCAUUCUUCUGUGAUGGGCACUAACAAGCACCCACUAUUAUGUUUGUCAUGGUUCUGGCUCAUCUGUCUUGUGCCAUCUAUUCUAGGUAGAUCCUUGUUAGUAGACCCCCACUCCCUGGACAGUAAAAAUAAUUGAGGAAGUAUUUAUGAUCAAGCGGAAAAAUUAAUUCUGGGAUUAUCCUGGUUAAUUCUCUGGACAUUUUGUUUUUUCUAUUUCUUUCUUUCUUUUUUUUUUAACCACCAGUUUGCCUACUUUGUAUUCCUGACGCGCCAGUUCUGGUGCAUUCAGUUGGAAUUAGUUAGUGAAGUAAUUGAAAUCCUAAGCAUUUGUGAUUUAUCAGGUCUGGAAUGGCUCUUAGAAGAUGACGUUGGCCUUCUCAGCCUUUGAGCAUGUUAGGCCUUGUGUUCUCUUCUGGUGUAAAAGCCACUUGUCAGCUGGAGCUGCUCCACUUUUGCCAUGGUCAGGGCCAGAGAACCUUCUUGCCUGCAGCAGUUCUUAAGCACUUCUUGGGUCCUGGCAUUCUGGCAUUUACCUGCUGUCCGCCGUGACUGUCCAUUCCUUACGCCAUCUUGUUUCAUAUAUCUCUCAGUAGUUUACUCUCUAUGCUGUGUACUUGGCAGAUGAUAUAGCUCCAUGGCUUGUUUGAACAUUGGUCUUACCCACUGCAUGCCCCUGUGAAUUUCUUGUGUGCCAUCUCAAAGUCUACUUUUAAGGUUACUAGGUUAUUUUAGAAACUAUCUUUGUCACAGCUGUUGGGGUUGUAGAAAUAUUCGUAGAUUUCAUGAGUAAGACAAUUUCUGAAAAAUGUAGUGAUCCCUUUGCAAGACUUUUGCAUUAUCAAAAUGUUAACACUGACCCUCUUGGCUAGCCCAGUAUACUAUUUAAAGACUCUUAGGCACAAUUUAUCCAUUUAGGGAGUAACAUGAAAGGUGACUUAACUAAAUUUAAAUAUUUCAUGCCUUCCAGUUGCCUAUUGUGAAUAUCUUGAGUGUGUGUGCCUAAGUAAUAUACAUAA